AGACAACCCAUGAAGACAAAAAGGAUUACAGACCUUACUAAUAGAAAUUACCUUGAUUCUUUGAAGAUUAGGAAGAGAUUUACAUCCGGUUGAAUUGAAGAACCAGAAAAGUUGGAAGUCUUUCUCUUACAAGAAAUGCUAUCCUGAGAGGAGGAGGCCUCAGAGAUUUCUAAUGAAUUCUCCUUGGAGGAAGGAGCUCUAACUCGAAAGCCUAUUAGUCUAAGCAAUCAUAACACAAAUAACCUCAAAAGUGUUUCAGAGAAAGCAUACUGUAGCACCAGGAAAGGAACCCUAUCUAAUAGAAGUGGAGAAUACUCUAGUGCUUCCUCAAGUAGUCCUAUCAAGAUGAGGUCAACAUUAGAAAAGGAUCCCUUCAGGAUUUCCAGUUGCAAAAACAUCCUUUCUCCACCCUCCAUAAACCUACAUAAUGCCAGAAUUAUUGAGGAGGAUUUCCAUGAAAAUGAUGGUGAUGAUAUAAUGCCAAGACUGGAAGAGAACAAAUUCUCCAUCAAAGAUAAUUCACUAGGCUCGGAGAAUGACUCGUUCUUUGAGCGAGAUGAGGAGGAGUCCUCUGAAGGAACUCCCAGGUUCAAACACCAUCACUUGCUGACCCUCACUUUUGAGAAAAAGGAUGAUGAAAUAGAAGAUGAGGAAAAAGUGAACGACCCAGAAUUCCCUCUGGCUUCUUCCUUCUCAAUAAAGGACCUGAAAACUCCAGAAAGCUAUGUAAAGUAUAUUAGCCAGCAGACAUGAGCAAGCAAGCAGCUAAGCGCACAGUAUCUCUUGGUAGAACCUCUCAAAGAGAAGAUCAAAUCUGUACAAGCAAAGCCGAAAGGGGUCUUAAAAUAAGACCAAGGCUCUGAACAGAUCAGCUCCAGUAAACCCCACUGGACCCUGAGUCACUUCUGCUGAUGAGACUAAGGAAACCAUUGUGCUUGAACCCCAAAGCAUCAUCUACACAAUGCGAGAGUCUCGAAUUGAUGGGAUAGACCCAGACCUGGUCUAUCAAGACAAAGAUUCACAAGAGAAUGGACAAGUUAAAUAUCUCUAUCUAAAUAACUUUGCUGUUGCAUUCUUGGGUUACAUCUGAACGAACUUUGAUGUAAUUAUUUACUCAAGAGAGAAAAUUUCCAUGCUCAACAAAGUCCUUUCCGCCAUCACAGAGAUGGAUACCGAAGGAAGAAUCGAAUUCUUAGCUGUUUUUGGGUCAAAUUCCUGUACUAAUGCCAAGUUCCUCUGAGAGCCCUCUCUUGUUGAAGAUAUCACAGGAGAGAAGAGAGAAAUCUCUCAAGCUGAAGAACUCACUGGACAGAUCUCCUUUGAUGCCAAGAUUAAAAACAUGAGUAAAAUAUUGAAGAAAAGGAGUGAGGCUAGGUCAUCUGUGAUGUUCAUAGACAAUGAAAUUUACUCGUAUAUAAAUCAUCUAGAUUUGUUCAUACCAAUUGAUAGAUUUACAGAGAAGCCUAACUCAAGUCUCUUCUUCCUCAAGCAGCUACUAUCAGGGUCACAUCUAGUACUGAGAGAAGAGAUAGACAGCUUCCUGCAAAGAAUUACUGAUAAGUCCCUUAAAGGGAAGAUAAGCAACGAAUAGUCAUUUAGAG